GCGCUCACCACCAUGGGCGAGUUUGCGAAUCAAAUAGUGCGGGUCUUUGCUCGCAAAGCCUCUGAACAGGGAGGUGUCAUUUCAGGCGACAACCCAGCUGCAUACAAUGCUACUGAUCCAUUCCGCCUAUGGGUCAUUCAAGUUGUAAUAAUAAUCGCAAUGACCCAACUCCUCUCCAUGGGCCUCUCGCGCAUCCGCCAACCCCGCGUUAUCGCAGAAGUCAUCGGCGGCGUCAUCCUUGGUCCAACCGUAAUGGGUCGCAUUCCCGGCUUCACAAACGCCAUCUUCCCAACUGCCGGAAUGCCUUCCUUGGUCCUCACAUCCACCAUCGGCCUCAUCCUCUUCCUCUUUCUCGUCGGACUCGAGAUCGACACGCGCUUAUUAAGGCGGAACGUCAAAGCUUCCGCAGCAGUUUCAGUCGCGGGCUUGGUGUUCCCCUUGGGUCUCGGAGCCGCUCUUGGCGUUGGGGUUUACAAACAGUUCAUCAGUCCCUCCGUUAAUUUUGGUUACUUUAUCCUCUUCACCGCUGUAGCUAUCGGCAUCACCGCGUUCCCUGUUCUGUGCCGCAUUCUCACCGAACUCAAGUUGUUGGAGACGGAAGUGGGCGUGGUAACACUUAGUGCCGGGAUAGGGAACGACGUUGUCGGCUGGGUAUUGUUAGCGCUUACCGUCGCGCUCGUUAACGCCAGCUCGGGCUUGACGGCGCUCUAUGUGCUACUUGCCACUGUGGGCUAUGUUAUAUUCCUGCUGUAUCCUGGCAGAUGGGCUUUUGUGUGGCUUGCGCGCCGAACGGGGAGUUUGGAGCAGGGAUCACCCACGCCCCUUAUGAUGACUGUUACACUUCUGGUUGUGUUCAUUUCCGCCUUUUAUACGGACAUCAUCGGCGUUCACGCAAUCUUCGGUGGCUUUUUGGCGGGUCUCAUUAUUCCGCAUGAGAAUGGGUUUGCGAUCUCUUUUGUGGAAAAGCUGGAAGAUCUUGUAUCCAUCAUAUUAUUACCCAUCUACUUCACAUUGUCAGGUCUCAAGACCAAUCUCGGCCUGCUAAACAACGGUAUCACCUGGGGCUACGUCGUCAUCAUCUGCCUCGUCGCCUUCUCCUCCAAGUUCAUCUCCUGUGCUGGCGCUGCAUACGCCACUGGCUACAGAUGGCGCGAAGCAGGUGCCAUCGGCUCACUUAUGAGCUGUAAAGGAUUGGUCGAACUUAUCGUCUUGAACAUCGGGCUACAAGCCGGCAUCCUCGACACACGCACAUUCUCCAUGUUCAUCGUACACGCGCUGAUCCUGACCUUCAUGACCACGCCUCUGACGCUCUUCUUCUAUCCUGAGAAAUACCGCGUCGUCGUCGGCUCCAAGUCCAGAGUGGACACCCCAGAAGCAGGCCCAGCAGCACCCAAGCCCAUAUCCGACUCAGCCACUAAAUCCAAAUUUGCCUUUAUCUUGGAAAAAGUGGAACAGUUGCCCGCGGCUAUGACUAUUGCGAACCUCUUACAAUCUCAGGAUCUUUCAGCGUCUCAAGAGACUUUGAGUGCGCCUACAUCAGCGGACAAUAAAGAAGCCGAGGCCUUUGGGUCCUCUUCCGAUGAUUUGGACCACAAGAUCCUGCCUCCUCCUUCGAGUCCUACCAUCAGCAUCAACGCUCUUCGCCUCAUCGAGCUGACGAAUCGAACUUCCGCGGUCAUCCGUUCCCAAGAGGCCGACGCGCUCAUCUACAACGACCCAGUGGUAUCGGUGUUCAAAACUUUUGGAUCCCUGAAUCGACUGAGGGUCUCUGCGAACUUGAGUGUGGUGAACUAUGACGAGUUUCCUAGUGCGAUUAGCCAGCACGUCAAAGACGUCGAAGCGGAGAUGGUCAUUAUCCCUUGGUCAAGGGGCACCACCUCCAUCGACACCUCUUUCAUUGAACACGGAAACGGACCAAAUACCACACACAACCCAUUCGACGGGAUAUUCCACAAGACGACAACGCAAGACCAGACGAGCUCCGUCGUUUAUUCCGAAUUCAUUCGUAACGUGUUUUUGAACUGCCCUUCGGACGUGGCGCUUUUCGUGGACAGGGGACAGCAGCAACACCACACGCAGCACUUGUUCCUUCCUUUCUUUGGUGGGCCGGAUGAUAGGCUGGCGUUGACGUUCCUUGUGCAGCUAUGUGCAAAGACGGGUGUUACGGGCUCAGUUGUGAGGUUGAGGAAGACGGCGGAGGUGAGGGAUGACGAUGACGAUGAGAAGAUCUUUUCGGCUGAGCUGCCUGUUGCGCACAUGACCGUAGCAGCAGCAGAUACCAUCUACGGGCACCAGAACACACAAACCCGCCUCGCAUCCGACACAGCCGAUAACUUCCUCUGGGACCGAUACACCACCACCCCUGCCUCCCCUACCUCACCCUCAUCCCUCUCCAGGAUAACAUUCACCACACACUCAACGUCCACCCCCCUUCGCAAGCUCACAGAACUAGCAGCAGCCGAAGCCUCUGCGACCUCUGCACAACGUCGGUCCAUGAUCGUUCUACUGGGACGGUCAAGAAGGAUGGCGGUGGAGGAUCUGAAGGGGGAGUUGAAGGAACUCAGUGCGUCUGGCCCGGCUACUGGGAGUUCGGUGUCGAAGACGCUUGGAGAUGUUGGUGCGGCGCUUGUGGGGAGGAACGUGAAUGCGAGUUUGUUGGUUUUGCAGGCUGCUGCUGGGUUGUAAGGUUUCUGAUUAAUGGUUGGGUUUACGGUGAUAAUUUGUGUGUAUAUAUCCCCUGCUUUUUUUUUUGGCUUACAGUAUGUACUACGAGGUGGUAGUGAUGUUUUGUAACGAUAAUGAUCAUGAUCUAGUUUUGAU